AUGCAAAAUUUCACUCAGCUCAUAGGCGCAGUCGCAGCGGCGCUAGUCGUCCAUUUUGUGUUUCUUUUCAUUAAAUCUCAAUUUUUUUCGCCGAUACGAGAUCUACCGGGACCACGGGGCAGCAGUUGGAUCUUUGGGAGUUUAAAGGAAAUUUCGAAGAAUGAGGAAGCCAUCACCCAAGAACAAUGGGUUCAAGAGUACGGUCGAACCUACAAAUACCCGGCCUUGUUCAAUAAAAAUAUACUCUUCACUCUGGAUCACAAAGCUUUGAACCAUGUUCUUAUGCAUCACUACAUUUACCAAAAACAUGACGCCAGUCGAUUUCACUUCACCCGUAUCGUCGGCCCAGGUCUCCUCGUCGCAGAAGGAGAUCACCACAAACUCCAGCGCAGAGUUAUGAAUCCUGCUUUUGGUCCGGCUCAAGUUCGCGAUUUGACUGAAACUUUCAUCGACAAAUCACUUGAGUUGAAGGACGUCUGGUCAUCUCAGAUCACUAAUGGUGGAGGAACGGCGAAAAUCAAUGCUCUUGACUGGAUAAGUAAAAUGACUUUGGAUGUCAUUGGGCGCGUAGGCUUCAACUACGAGUUCAACACCCUGAAGGAGAACAGCGAAUCCAACAAAUUAGCCCAAGCUUUCGCAACUAUUUUCGGAGAUCUAGACAUGGAAAAGGCCAAGUACCAACCAUGGACAGUUUUGCAAACCCUUUUCCCAAUUUUACGAUCUUUGCCUCCCGUGAAGAUCCCAGGGCUGGACAACGCCCAGGAAACCAUGGGCAAGAUUGGUAAAGAAUUACUGCACGAGAGUAAAGAGGCAUUGCAAAACUCCGGAGACGAUAUACGCAACUUGAAGUCGAAGGACUUGUUGACUUUGCUUGUAAAAUCGAACAUGAAUGGAGAACCAAGUCAAAGAAUGAGCGACGAAGAUGUUUUAGCUCGUGAGUCACUUUUUUCUUCCGCAGGUCACUUACCUUCAGUAGGGACUACAUGGGCACUCUUUGGGCUUGUUCAACACCAGGAUGUCCAGAAAAAAUUGCGGGAGGAGUUAUGCACAAUGGCAACGGAUAACCCUACCAUGGAGCAACUUAACUUGUUGCCCUAUCUGGAUGCGGUUGUCAAAGAAUCACUCAGGUUGUAUGCACCUGUUCCGUCCGUCCUACGGGUCGCUACGCAAGAUGAUGUUAUUCCGUUGUCACAACCACUGAAGGAUAAGAAGGGAGUCGAGCAUCAUUCCAUUUCCAUCGCGAAGGGACAAACCGUGAUCGUUCCUCUUCUUGCCUUGAACCGUGAUAAAGCUACGUGGGGCGAAGAUGCCAUGGAGUUCAAACCGGAACGUUGGGAGAAAGUUCCCGAGGCAGCGACUUCGGUCCCUGGCGUCUGGGGCCAUAUGAUGACGUUUCUAGGAGGCCCGAGAGCUUGCAUAGGCUAUCGCCUGUCCUUGAUCGAAAUGAAAGCUCUGCUCUUCGUUCUCAUCAGAGAAUUCGAGUUUGAGCUAGCUGUCCCAGGUGAAGAGAUCAUCAAAAAGACUAUGAUCGUGCAACGACCGAGGGUCAAAAGUGAGCCUGAAGGGGGAACUCAACUACCAUUGUUGGUUAGAGCAUGUCAGAAGGGUUGA